GAGAAUCGAAGUACGAGGCAGGCGCGCGUGUUAUACCGUAGCCUGCUUGCCAGCGAUCGACACGCGUGGUGUGUGCAUCGUGCUUCUCUCGACGCAAUCGCAUCGAUUCAGAUUUAUUUGCGUCGUAAAAGGAGCGAGAGAGAGUGGGAAGAACGAAAAAAAAAAAAAAAAAAAAACAAAUACGUCGGAUAAUUCAAAGUUUUCACAAAAAUUACGGUGCCUGGGUCCGUGCGAAUAUCGAAGUAAAUUGCAGUAAGUAAUAAAGCGAAGUUGAAAAAAAUUUCAUCCUUGCGAACAUCUUCGCGUAUUCUUCGGGGAUCGGAGUGAAAAGCUGCCUUUUUAUCAACGUGCGAGGGUUCGUUAUAGAGACGAUUUGUUUUGUGAUCCGCGUGAAGUGAAAUCGAUUAAUCGAUUGGUAUAAUAGGUAUCUACCUAUCCUUUUUCGAGUGGUGGAAAACUUCGGUCGGAUAAGAAAACCCUAUUUUCUGCUAAUUCUACAGCUGCUGUAUAGUUACGAAUAUCAAUAAUUGUACAAAAAAUUGUGCUGCGUGAGAGUGCGGUGAUAAUUGUAUUACGUUUAAACAAGUUUAUACUGGUCAGUUGUCAGUAAAGUGUGUGUAUAGGUAUACGGAUAUUUGUGAAGUGCCCUGCGAACGAGCGUGGUGAAAAUAUUCUAUGCUUCAAGAUGAUGGAGACUCAGCAUUAUUGGGAAGAGAAUUCUGCGCAUUCUAUGCAAGUCAAAUAUGAAAGUCUCGAUGGAAGAUCGUGUAAGGACGAGAUUUAUAGAAUGGGCCUUGGGAACGGUUACUGCGAAGGAAACUUGAACUUUGCCACCGCCUCCGAGGACGAUGAAGUUUACACAAAGAAAAAGGUCUCCAGACAAGAUCCAAUGUCUCACAGGAUCAUCGAGAAGCGUAGAAGGGAUCGUAUGAACAAUUGUUUAGCCGAUCUUAGCCGCCUCAUACCUGCCGAGUACCUUAAAAAGGGACGAGGCAGAGUUGAGAAAACUGAAAUCAUCGAGAUGGCCAUCAGACACAUGAAGUAUCUGCAGGGUGUAAGACAAGACGUCAGACCGACCGUAGCCACGGUCCAUUCGCACACCGACGACAGCGUCGACAGCGUUUCGCACUCUGCGACGGCUUCCUCGGCAGCUGACCACUACAGACUGGGCUUCCAGGAGUGUCUGAGCGAGACGAUGCACUUCCUUGUUGACGUCGAGGGUUUCUUCGCCAGGGAUUCCCUCUGCGUUCAGCUGAUAAGCCACCUACAACAGCACUGCGACAAAAUGUUGGCAGCAAGUGACAGACUGGGCCUUCCGCACCCGGAAAUGCCGGCAUCUAACGGCACCGGAAACGGGGUUUUCCUUCACACCAGCAUCCCGGCGAGCUGUCCGCCCAACAGCCACUCGGAUCAGGGUUCGAGUUCGGGGGUGAGUUCCCUCGGUGAUCCGGAGCGUCCGUUGCGCCCGAUUAUUCCGGCCCCGACGAUCGUCAGCGACGACAGCAACCACAGCACCCAUUCUCACAGCAACGCGUUGCCGGCGGUGUCUAGGCCGACGAAUUACAAGUUCAAGAGUUCGAUAAAGCAGCGAUUCUCCGCGGAGAGGGUCAAGUCCCACACCCCGCCCACCCCGGAGAAGGCCCACGGGGUGCCGAUUUUCGCCCUUCACGAAGCCGGCGCCUUUUACAUUCCCCUGACCGUCGAGGCCGAGCUCCUCAGGCCCCAUCUCACCUUCACUCCGGACACCGGGCCCGAAAUGGUUCUUCAUCCGGUGACAAUAUCGGUAAACUUCAACCACUCAGCCCCUCCGGCGUGGUCGCAUCACAGUCCGACGCAUCAGCAAACCUGAAGAGGACACGUUUCGUUGUUUAAAUUCUCUCGCAAUGUUGCAUAUUCGCAGUCUAUGUAUAAACUCCGGGAUGAGAAUGCUCGAUUGGCGGUUUCCAUUUUUUCUUUUUUCUCUUUUCUUUUUUCUCACGUCCUUCUUGCUUUUUAUUCUCUUCCUCAACUACCGUCUAUGCGCGAAACUUGUGAAAAAGAAUAUUGUAAUGUAUGUUGUAUACAAUGUUAUACGUGAAUUACAGCUGUGAAAAUUCUACAGCUUGUAUUCUGUAGUACACGAAGUGUAAUCCGUCUGAGUAAAAUAGAGGGAAAAA